CUAUAUAACCAUCAUAUAACAUAUAUUCUUUUACGAUUAAAAAACAUCUCAUUAAAACAUUAAAAACAUCUAUUUUUUUAACUACUUAGAAAUCUAUUUUAUAUGGACAUAUUAUUAUUAUAGGACGACCUUUUUUAUCUCUUUUUUAGAAAUAAAUAAGUCCAUGAUUGUUAUCUUGAAAACAAUAAUAUUUUAAAUAAUUUAGUUUUAUACAAUAUAUACUUUUUUUUUAUGAAAAAUAUAAAAAUAUAUCCAUAUUUAAUAUAUUUUAUACUUUAAAAUAUAUAUAAUAAUUAAUAAAUUAUUCUAAACAAUUUAUAAAAAUUAAUAAAUUAUUUUAUGGGGAAAUAAUAAAAAGGAUUUAAUAAAUAUUCAAAAUAAGGUGGAAGUAGUAAUUUUGAUGAAUUAAUGAGAGGUUUUGUUUUAAUGUGUGAUAGAGAUAGAGAAAAAAAUGCAGUAAAAGAUGCUUAUAAUUUUUUAGUUAAUCUAAUAGAAUAGCAUUAUCCCGAUAUUCAAUAAAAAGUAUAAAAUAAAAAAGUAAAAUUAAAUGAAAAUGAAGAAAUUAAAAUUAAUACAAAUGAUAUAUUAGAUUAAGAAUUAAACGAGUUAAAAUAAUAAAAGAAUAAAUUACUUUAUAAUGUAAAUACUGAUGUUAAAUGUACUGUUUUUUUGAAAAUAAAUUCAUAAUAAAUGGAUUUAGUAGAUGUAAAUUAAAUAACAGAAAUACUAAUGAAUAAAGUUCAUAUAUAAAAAGAGAUAGUCACAAGAUUUCGUCAUAGAAUAUAUCCUGCUUAAUAUGCAUUUAGAGCUGAAUAAUCUAGCUUAGAUAAAUACAUAUAAAAGUUAAGUUAAGAAAAAAUUCCUUUAGAUACUCCAAGCUCUUGGAUGAUAGUAUGCAAAAUUAGAAAUAAUAAUAAGUUUAAUAAAAAAAAUAUUCUUGAAACAGUUUAGAAAUAUAUGCCUCAUAUUCAUUUCGUUGACUAUAAAAGUCCUUUUUUUACUAUUUUAGUUGAUGUUUCACAUAAUUUAAUGUGUUUGAGUGUAUUAAAAAAUUAUCUCGAUUGGAAAAAAUAUAGUUUAAAAACUAAUCCUGAUUAAAGUUAAGUCUUAAAAUUAAAUUAAAAACAUGAAGAAAGAUGA